AUGGCAAAUCAGAAUCAUGUGAGUUGCAGGGCUGCAGAUACCUCUAAGAGUCUUCAGAAAUGGACUACACCACCCGAGGGAGAAUACAAACUGAAUUGGGAUGCUGCCAUCAAUCAACCACUGAACCAAGUAGGUAUUGGGGCUAUUAUUAGAGAUUGCAGUGGCCAAGUACUUGGGACAAUGCGAGCUAGAAGAGAGUUGAACCUAUCCCCUUUCACUGCUGAAGCUUAUGCAAUGAUGAUGGCAGUCAUAUUCUGUAAAGAAGCUGGUUUCCAGUCAGUCCUCUUCGAAGGAGAUUCACUCAAAGUGGUCGAGGGGAUGCAGAAAACAGCUAGGGAUUGGAGCCAAGGAGGUUUAAUCAUUGAAGACACUAAGCAGAUGCUACAAGACUUUGUUAGUUGGAAGUUCUGUCACACAAAGAGGGAUUCAAAUAUGGCAGCCCACUUGCUAGCCAAGAAUGCCCUCCUAAAUGAUUGUGAUCUCUAUGAGUUAGAGGAGAUACCAUCUUGUAUUAGACGUGCUGUUAUCUUAGAUGUUUGUAAUAGCAUGGUUUAA